AUGAUUGUGGAGUUCAAUUUACCACCGAAGGUUCACCUAUGGUGCAAUGUUGAAGAAAAAGAUAAUGACUACAAUAAAAAAGAUCGAGUAAAUUCUGAUCUCGAGGAGAUCGGGAGCAGUAAUCCAAUUAAUUGCGCACACGUUGACUGUUCCUUAGAAGCAAAAUUAGAUUACAACGAUCAAGCAAAACGAUAUUCGUAUUGCUCUUCAGACUGUUUCUGGCUCGAAGCGAAAAAACUGAAUUCCGUGAAAAUGACCCAAGUCCAAGAAACCGAUCCGGACUAUUCAACAGUGCGAUCGAAAUUCCUAUUUGGACUACCAAACGCGAAAAUCAUCGCGAUCAUUAGACUACAAAUGCCAAAAGACAUUACGCUACGAUAUCAAAACUACUCACUGCAGGUAGCAUUGGAAAAUGGAGUUCCGACAAAAAACGUGAUCCAUAGUAUGUUCCAUGGCACUCCCGCUGCUUGCUUUCCUUUAGAUCUCGUAAUUCUUAAUCGAGUAUGCAAUAGAUUUUGUGGGAUGUGCGGGAUCGCAAAAGAAGGAAAUAAGUCUAUUUGUUCGAAACGUCGUGGAAGAAUGUGGUUUGCGAGUAGUUCUCGAGUGUCAUUAGGCUACUGUGGUCGAAACAACACAAAAGCGAUGUUUCUUGUUGACGUCGUGUCUCCGAAGUGUGAUCGAAUUUUAAUUGUUAACAAAGACAAGGCAACACUUCCAAGAUUUCUUAUAAUUUUCGAACACGAUCAAUAUAACCACCAGCCUAUAAGAAAUUGUCAACUCAAAGCAACUAUCACCAAAAAAACCAAGCAACUCGCCCAAAUUAGCCCAAACACUAAUCAGCAACAACGCCAAGAAUUACAAGCCGUUAACGCUGAAUUUACCUCACGCGACAAAAAAUUCACUGCGGAGGUCCAAAGAAUCUUGACAUUGCUUAAUACUUCUAUCGGGAGUAAAGAUGGCGUCUCAACUAGUUGCGACUUGUGGCAACCAAUCAGCGAAUUACGGCAGAGUUGCGGCAGCCAAUCAGAGAAUUGCGACAUAGUUGUUGCUAAAGCAGAACCUAGAGACAACGACUCAUCCUCAUCAGACCAACAAAGUGAUGCAAAUCAAUCAGAAGCUUCUUCUGGAUUAUGGCAGAAAGAGGAUGUGCUUUUGAUGAUAUGUGUAAUAUUGUUGUGGUUGAUCUUCUUAGCUUGGGGUGGAAAACUUAGUAGAGAUAUAAUCAAAAAUUAUUAUCGUAGAAUUAAUGAUUUAAAAGGUAGCAAUUUAGAUAAAACAGGUGCUUGGAUCGAUAGCAAAACAAAUGUAGUUUCUGAUAAUUCAGAGUAG